AUUCCGUCACGGCCGGGGGGCGGGGGGAAGGCUCGGGGCUCCCGACUCCCCAGCCCGCGAGCUGGGCCGAAACCGCACCUCCAAGGCCCGUUCCUGACCCCGGUUCGCUGUGUGACCUUGGAGUUUAGGGUCCCCCCCAGGGCCUCCAUUUCCCCCACUGCCAGGAUCGGUGCCCGGCGCUGGCGUCUGUCAGCCUCAGGGAACGGAGAGGAGGGGACACCUGCCUUGGUCCCGACCUCCAGGCCGAUGGCUAUGGUGGUUUUCUCUGACAUUGACUGCCAAGUUAACAUGUGGGAAGAAAUGGCGGGCAGCGUCAAGAACGCGAGACCCCCAGGGCAGAGUGUGCCCUGUGCUUACAGGCAGGCUGUCGGCUGAUGAGAGUUAGUUAUGAAGAAGAGGAGGGUUUGAGUGUAGAGUUCGUAUUGCCCACUUGGCUGCGGGAACCGAGGCAGGACAGACGAGAGGCGGCUAGCAGCGCUUCAAAUUAAAUAGCAUGCACAGUGGGUUUUGGAACCAGCUGUAUGUCAGUGUCCUGAGCUCUUUAGACACAGAGGUGAAGGAAAUACCCAGUUAGCCUUUAAGAGUAUUGCAGAUUUGUUAUAUAGAUCGGACACUUAGACCUAGUCACUGAACAUUCACCAGCUGUGUCAAAUGCGCUUAGUCGCCAGGAAAGCCAAGAUGAGCAGAAGGUCACUUAGCUCAUGGGCUGCAGGUGGAAAGGGUUGUCCAGGCUUGAGCCCGGUCUUGAAGGUGUUUAAGGGCGGGGCUGGUCAUCGAUACUUCAGGGAGUGGGAAUAACUUCACUUAUUCUCAAAGAAACUUUUUUUUUUUUUUUGGACAGGUAGAGUUAUAGACAGUGAGAGAGAGACAGAGAAAGGUCUUCCUUCCGUUGGUUCACUCCCCAAAUGGCCGCUACGGCCGGCGCUGCGCCAAUCGGAAGCCAGGAGCCAGGUGCUUCUUCCUGGUCUCCCAUGCCGGUGCAGGGCCCAAGCACUUGGGCUAUCCUCCACUGCCUUCCCGGGCCACAGCAGAGAGCUGGACUGGAAGAGGGGCAACCGGGACUAGAACCCGGUGUCCAUAUGGGAUGCCGGUGCCGCAGGGGGAGGAUUAACCAAGUGAGCCACGGCGCUGGCCCCCUCAAAGAAACUUUAAGGAAUAGAAUGUGUUUGAACUGCAGCCUCCAGCAGUGAAUGGAGAUCGUGGGACAGGAAAUAGGGAAGGGAACGGACAUGGAUGACCGGCUUGUGAGGGUGCCCCGAGCCCUGUGGAGAAGUCUUUAUUCUGUAGGCCUUGGGGAGCAAUACGCAGGAAGUGAAGUAAUAACUAUGGUAUCCAGAGAGGUGGGGAAAGCCCAGGAAAAUGCUGGUUCCCAGGACCAAGAGAACCGUCUUUCUGCAGUGUUAGUGCAGGCUGUGGAGGAAGGGGUGGGACCUGGCCUUUCAGAAGGGAAAGCGUUUGUUUCAGAAUUCUACGCAAGCAGGCUUAAAAAUCCGCGCAUCUGGGAACUGUCAUAAUUGGAAGUCCAGAGGUGUAGGUUUCAGGACUGACUUGGUCCCACGGCGCCGGGUCCUGUUCCCCUUGCUUUUCUUAAGUCUGCCUGCCUUGUUCCAUCAUCUGGUGGCGAGAUCGUGUGCAUCGUUGUCUGUCCCUGUGGCACCCUUGGAGUGGAGGGAAACCGUUCCCAGAAGCUCCCUGCAAACCUGCAGGGACUGGCCCAGAUGAAGGCGUGUGUGUGUUCCUGAAUCCAUGCUGUCUCAGCCAGUCACUUGCGAGGAAGAUGGAGUUCUUCUGACCAGAUUGUGAGAUGGGGCCCGAGAACAAGGCGGCGAUUCCCAAGGAAGAAGUCUCUGAGGAAUCCGAGCCACGUGGGUCAGUUCUAGAAAAACUUCCCUCAGUGCUUUACCAAGGCCACCAGUUUGUAGCAGCGUGUGAAGAGGAUAUACUGGAGGAACAUUCAAGACAGUCCACAGAAGAGAUUGUGGAGCAGAUGUCUCCUCAGAGGGGAGACUUUGCAUCAGGGUUGAUUGUCUUUAAGAAAUCACCCUCCAGUGAGAAUGACAGUGAAGGAGGCUGCAGUCCCAGCCUAGACCUGGUGACACAUCAGGGGGACACGACAGCAGAUGGAGUUGGUGCAUUUGCUCCCUCUGGCCAAAACUUCAUAGACAGUUUAGAAUCCAACAAGACGCCGAGAAGUUCUGUGGGAGAAAAGCCUCAUACGUGCAAAGAAUGUGGGAAGGCCUUUAAUCAGAACUCACAUCUCAUCCAGCAUAUGAGAGUUCAUAGUGGAGAAAAACCCUUUGAAUGCAAGGAAUGUGGAAAGACCUUUGGAACGAACUCAAGCCUUCGCAGGCACUUGCGAAUUCAUGCUGGAGAGAAGCCGUUUGCUUGUAAUGAAUGCGGGAAGGCCUUCAUUCAGAGCUCCCAUCUCAUCCACCAUCACAGAAUUCACACUGGAGAGAGACCCUAUAAAUGUGAAGAAUGUGGUAAAGCGUUCAGUCAGAACUCAGCCCUGAUCCUACACCAGAGAAUCCACACUGGAGAGAAACCUUAUGAGUGUAAUGAAUGUGGGAAGACCUUUCGGGUUAGCUCCCAGCUUAUUCAGCAUCAGAGGAUCCACACUGAAGAAAGGUAUCAUGAGUGCAACGAGUGUGGCAAAGCCUUCAAGCAUAGCUCAGGCCUUAUUCGACACCAGAAAAUUCACACUGGAGAAAAACCGUAUCUGUGUAAUGAAUGUGGGAAAGGCUUCGGCCAGAGUUCUGAGCUUAUCCGGCAUCAGAGGAUUCACACAGGGGAUAAACCCUACGAAUGUAACGAGUGUGGGAAGACUUUUGGCCAAAACUCAGAGAUUAUUAGACAUAUUAGGAUUCAUACUGGUGAGAAACCCUACGUGUGUAAGGAAUGCGGGAAGGCCUUCAGGGGGAACUCAGAACUUCUGAGACAUGAGAGAAUUCACACUGGAGAGAAACCCUACGAGUGCUUUGAGUGUGGCAAGGCUUUCAGGCGGACCUCUCACCUUAUUGUCCACCAGAGAAUUCACACUGGAGAGAAACCCCAUCAGUGUAGCGAGUGUGCAAGAACCUUUUGGGACAACUCGGAGCUGCUGCUCCACCAGAAAAUUCAUAUUGGAGAGAAACCUUAUGAAUGUAGUGAGUGUGAGAAAACAUUCAGUCAGCAUUCCCAGCUCGUCAUCCACCAGAGAAUCCACACUGGCGAGAAGCCUUACGAGUGUCAAGAAUGUCAGAAGACCUUUAGCCGGAGCUCUCACCUGCUCCGACAUCAAAGUGUUCACUGUAUGGAGUGAUCCGCACGUAGGAAAGCCUUGUGUGGAAGUGCUGAAGUCAGACUUAACUCAUUUGUUCAUAAUCAGAUGAGUGGACAGAACUUCCCCUGCCCUUCCACUGACUUUUUUUUUUUUUUUUUUUAAUUUAAACUGUUGGUUGCAAAGGAUGAGGCACUUUAUCAACCAUUCAUUGCAAAGUUUCAGUGUACUGAGCUAAUUCAUAAAAGCGGUUUCAGGCCUUAAAUCUUCUGUGCCCCUCUUUCCUUCCCUCCCUUCUCCCACAGCAGCUCAUGUAACAUUAGGAGUCUGUCCCGGCCAUCUAGCCUCAACUCCUGCUCAGGGGUGGGGUGGGCAGUGGGGGAAGAGGAUUCCACCCCUGGACUCAUUGACUAUGAUCCCCUAAAGUGUCAGAAAGUCAGCACCUAGAAGACACACCUUGUUCUGUCCCACUUAGCAUUGGAGUCAUUCAGUAAGCUUGUUGUAGCCUCAAGAGUCUGCCAGCCAUGUUCUCAUGUCCCCGUAGAAGAGGAAUGCAUGCAUAAAGAAGCAGGAAGCUUGGAUCAUUUCACAUGUGCUAGGUUUCCUCAUUGGUUUGCAGAGGGUACCAGGAAGGAGGAAUCGGACAAUUUACAGGAUUGUCAAUGAAAGCCUUAGAGUGCAGAGGGGCUGACUAGGCAAGGCCAGGGGGUGAACAGUUGAGGCCAAACCACUCAGCAUGGGCAGAAGUGGCUCAUUAGUGGCUAUCCCCACAGACUGAUUGCUCCCGAGGAUCCUGCCACAUUCACUUUGGGCUCUAGCUCGUGCUGCUGCUGCCAGGUCCCUGUGUCAGGAGGUAGCAGAGUGGACUGUGCCGUCACCUCCACCAGACCUUGGGGUCAGUGAUCAGCCAGUUUAUUUGACCAGGGAUCAGCCAGUUUAUUUGACCAGGGACCUGGCCUUGCCUAAGCACUUAAGCGACCAUGACCCACAACCCCUGCUGCAGGGGCCCCUGGCUGCUGGGCUGGGAUAUGACUGUUUCUUCUUGGUUUGUGCUCGAGGUCUUGGAAUUCUUUCUGUUGAACAUUUCCACAUGUGUUCUCUUAUAUGUUAUGUCUUUAGGAAAGCAUUCUCCAUGUGUCCUUGUUUGAGAGGUGGUGGGUGGCAGUGGGAAUUCCACCAGUGGGCUCCAGCAGGCCCGGGGACUGGUCUUGAACUAGACCUUGGUAGAAGCACUGUACUUGCCAGUCUCUAAUUUUAUCAUCUGUAAAAUGAGGGGAGUUGAAUCCAGUGCUCUGGGGUUACAACAAGCCCAAUAUGCCCUUGAUUCCUUUUUAAAAUCUAAGUUUAUAUACCUUCAAUAUUCUAGUUUUUAUUCUCUUCUCUAUUAAACUAGUGCUCAUCAUUAAUGUUUUUUAAAUGUUUACUAUGUGCCAGGCACAGUGCCAGUUUACAUUUUUAUUUUCAUAGCAUGUCUGAUGUGGAUAUCUUUACAAAAAAAAGUUUUACUACAGCUUCAUUUACAUACCAUAAAAUUCACCUGUUUUAAGUGUUCAGUCAAGUGAUUUUUAGUUAAUUUACAGAAUUGCACAACUGUCAGUGAUGUGGGUAUUUUUUUUUUUUAUUUAUUUAUUUAUUUGAAAGGCAUAGUUAUAGAGAGGCAGAGGCAGAGAAAGUCCCUCAUCCACUGGAUCACUCCCAGAUGGCUGCAAUGGCUGGAGUUGCACCGAUCCCCAAAGCCAGGAGCCAGGAGCUGCUUCUGGGUCUCCCACAUGGGUGCAGGGGCCCAAGGACUUGAGCCAUCUUCUACUGCUUUCCCAGGCCAUAGCAGAGAGCUGGAUCAGAAGUGGAGCAGUCAGGACUUGAACAAGUGUUCACAUGGAAUACCAGUGGAGUGUGGUAGGUGGCUGCUUAACCCGCUAUGCCACAAUGCUAGCCCCUGAAA